AUGACCCAGUACGCAGACGACACUUCCUUGUUGCUAUGCAAGAACUUGUGCCUGACUAGGUCCCUUGCCAUCAUAGGGGAAUUCACCCUAGCAUCGGGAGCGGUCUUCAAUCACGCUAAGUCAUCCGUUAAGUAUUUCGGAAGAUGGCGUUGGGAGGACGGAUGUGCCUGGGGGGGGUUCUCUCUCUGUAGUGGGGCCCUGAAGAUUCUCUGGGUCCUUUUUGAGACCUCUGGCUCAGCGACACUGAACUGGAACAGGAGCAUCGCAGUGGUGCAGAGGAAGGUGGGGAUGUGGAGGGCUAGGUCAUUGUCUUUUAUAGGCAAGGUCCUGGUCCUCAAGGUGGAUGUGUUGCCGUCACUAUUGUAUAUGGCGUACGUCUACCCAUUGCCAGAGAGUCUGAGUGCCUCUAGUGAGGCUGGUGUUCCAGUUCAUGUGGGGUGGCAGGCAAGAGUAUGUCGCGAGGGUACGCAUGCUCUGUCCCAUCGGGGUAGGGGGGGUACCACAUUUCCCCCUAAAGCUGGAUUCAAUUUUUGUUUCAUAUUUGUUGACUGAGCUGGCUCAUCCGGUAAUACACCCGUCUGGUUACUUCCUGCGGGUGUUCUUCUCUUACCAGGCGAGAAGCGUAAUGGUGUGGACUAACACGGGUCCUCGGGCGGAACAGCUGCCGUGGCACUUUGGCUAUGCGGCUAAGUGGCUGCGUGGUCACCCCGAGGUUGAAGUAGCCCGAGUAGGUUUAGAUCACAGGCACCUGUACGAGGAGAUGAGACGGGGAGGGUGUCCCGGGCCGGUAUUGGGUAUCCCGGCUGGGGUUUGGGAAGGAGUGCAGGUGCAAGGUCUGGAUAACAGGCUCAAGGACCUGAAUUGGUUGAGCCUCCAUAAGGGCUUGCCCGUACGGGCGUGGCUUGACUCGAUCCCCCACCUGCCCAAGGCCAACUUGUGGCGGGGAGGAGACAGUGCGCCAUGUUUUUUGGGACUGUGCUUUCGCCGGGGUAGUAUGGGCUAGGGCACAGGGUCUGAUAGGCAGGGUGAGAGGGGAUUUUGUGGUUACAUGGGCUAGGGUAGAGAGAGGGGUAGGGAGAGCGAGGGGGACGGUUAGGGACAGGUUUCUGCUCUGGCUUCUCAUAAGCCUCUUUAAACAGGGGUUGUGGGAGGCUAGGCAGAAAUUGGAAAGGACAGGGGGAGAAGGGGGUGUGGAGGGGAUAGUGAGGAGGGUGGAGAGAAAUUUGAGGGGGAGGAUGAAGGAGAGGAGAAGAAGUGGGGGCAGCAUGCUGCUCGGGAGGUGGAAGGGGUUUAGGGUUAGUGUAGAGGGGGGGGUUGGUUAGGUUUAGUAUAGAGGGGUAGGGAGGAGGGUGUGAGGGUGUGGUUUUGUGGCUGGGUAAAAGGGGAGGAAGGUGUCCCUGAGGUGUAUUUAGUAUUAUGUUUGUGGCGGUAUAUAAGAUGUGACUUUUUUGUGGCUCAGUGGGUAGAGCGUGGCGUUUGUAACACCAUGGUUGUGGGUUCGGACCCCGGGGCCGCCCACGUAAAAUGUAAGCACGCAUGACGGGAAGUAAGCGUCUGCAAAUGGCAUAGUUUUUGAUUAUAUUGUUGGGAUAUGGUUGGGUCGGUAUAUAGAUGUGAAUUUUUCUGUUGUUUUUCGUAGUCCUAUGUGGCUCAGUGAGUAGAGCAUGGUGGCUUUUGUAACGCCAGGGUAGUGGGUUCGGUCCCUGGGGCCGCCCACAUGUAAAAUUUACGCAAGCAUGACGGUAAGUACAGCGUCUGCUAAAUGGCAUAGUGUUUAAUUAUUAUGAUGGGGUUGUUGGUUGGUUGGUUAAUAGUGAUGGGGUGGUGGAAAGAGGAGGAUGAGAGGAUACAGGAGUGAGUAUGGUGUGGCGUGAUGCAAAUAUUGUAUGGAAAUGAAAUGAUUUAUGAUGUAUGGUUUUUGUACGAUUUUAAUAAAACCCCUUAAAUCAGAAGACAGUCAUCAACACCUUCCACAAGGAGGGAAAGCCUCAAAAGAUCAUUGCUAAAGAAGCUGGCUGAUCACAGAGUGCUGUAUCCAAGCAUAUUCAUGGAAGUCGAGUGGAAGGAAGAAGUGUCGUAGGAAAAGGUGCACAAGCAACAGGGAUAACCGGAGCCUUGAGAGGAUUGUCAAGCAAAGGCCAUUCAAAAAUGUGGGGGAGCUUCACAAGGAGUGGACUGAGGCAGGAGUCAGUGCAUCAAGAGCCACCACGCACAGACGUAUCCAGGGAAUGGGCUACAACUGUCGCAUUCCUUGUGUCAAGCCACUCCUGAACCAGAGGCAACGUCAGAAGCGUCUUACCUGGGCUAAGGAGAAAAAUAACUGGUCUGUCGCUAAGUGGUCCAAAGUCCUCUUUUCAGAUGAAAGUAAAUGUUGCAUUUCAUUUGGCAAUCAAGGUCCCAGAGUCUGGAGGAAGAGUGGAGAGGCACAGAAUCCAAGUUGCUUGAAGUCCAGUGUGAAGUUUCCACAGUCAGUGAUGAUUUGGGGAGCCAUGUCAUCUUCUGGUGUUGGUCCACUGUGUUUCAUCAAGUCCAAAGUAAACUCAGCCAUCUACCAGGAAAUGUUAGAGCACUUCAUGCUUCCUUUUUUUUUUUUUUGUGAUCCAAUUGACAUUUUAGUCAUUUAGCAGACACUCUUAUCCAGAGCGACUUACAAUUAGGGAGUGCAUACAUUUUUCAUACUGGCCCCCCGUGACAAGCUUUAUGGAGAUGCUGAUUUCAUUUUCCAGCAGGACUUGGCACCUGCACACACUGCCAAAGGUACCAAUACCUGGUUCAAUGACCGUGGGAUUACUGUGCUUGAUUGGCCAGCAAACUCGCCUGAUCUGAACCCCAUAGAGAAUUUAUGGGGUAUUGUCAAGAGGACGAUGAGACACGAGACCCAACAAUGCAGACGAGCUGAAGGCCGCUAACGAAGCAACCUGGGCUUCCAUAACACCUCAGCAGUGCCACAGGCUGAUCGACUCCAUGCCAUCCGCAUAGAUGCAGUGAUUCAUGCAAAAGGAGCCCCAACCAAGUACUGACUGCAUGUACAAGAACAUACUUUUCAGAAGGCCAACAUGUCUGUAUUAAAUUUCAUUUUUUCACUGCUCUUAUGUCAUAUUCUAAUUUUCUGAGAUACUGAAUUUUGGGUUUUCAUGAGCUGUAAGCCAUAAUCGUCAAGAUUAAAAUAAAUACAGGCUUGAACUAUUUCACUUUUUGUGUAAUUAAUCCACGAUAUGAGUUUCACUUUGUCAAUUGAAUUAUUGAAAUUACUUAACUUUUCCACAAUAUUCUAAUGUAUUGAGCUGCACCUGUAUGUCGGCUCAAUGGGAAAUUGUCUUGUGGUUUCAAAGCAUGAUCAAUUAGUUUUUUUGUAAUUGUGAAUCUCAAUUACACAGAUUCGUGCUUGAUUUUAAAGAGGUCCUGGUUGACGGUUCAAACCUCAUACCUUGUUGUUUUUUGCACAUUCAUUUUCCCGAACCCAAAAUAGUAGUGGCAGAGUGCCAGGGGAGCCUGAAAGGAGUAAGGCAGGUUCACGACAUAAGGGAGGCGUUCUCAUUACUCCCAUCUUGCUGGAAGCAUGCUGAAGUACAGGUUAACAUAAGGCCACCUCCCUCCAUAGUGGUGUUAGAUUCUCCAGCCCUGUGUGACCAGCUCCUGCUGUAGUUUUAUAGACAGCAUAAUGUGAAGCUUACAACCCUCAACCAAAGAGGUCAAUAAGGAAGUCAAAGCAGUGAGAAAUGCCCAAACACUUCCUGUGAAAGGAAAUUAUAUCACACUGUGUACCCUCUUGAUUCUACAACAUCCCAGCUGUACCGACUUUGUGUAGAAUUGAGGGGCAUGAGCCACAUGUACACCACUAGCUCAUGCACAUUUUGUAUCAACAAUUUAGUCAACAAAUAUAAUCAAUGUUAAUACAAUAUAUACAAAUUAAUCAUGAUACAACUAUUUUUGAGAACAGAGGAUGUGGCAGUUUGUCACUUCGUUAAAAAAAAUACUGUUAACAGAACUGUAAAAAAAUGAUAAAAAUAGUAUUUUGGAGGACUGUAAUGUCUAUGGUUCACUCCAUAUAUAUUCAAUUCAUUUUGCAUCCUCCUUCCAUCUAUUCAAUUCCUAAAAUUCCUUGUCAGUUCCUCUUAAAUGUUGUAAAGCUUUCUUGUCCCCAGUUUCCAGUAUUCCUCCAUCCCUGCACCUCUCAUUCUCCUCCUUGUCUCUCCAUGGCAGCAGGGGAUGCCUCUCUCUCUCCGUCCCUCCUCUUCCUCUCUCCUCCUCCAGUCCUGUCCUCCCGUACCAUUCUGAUCAGGUAGCGACUGGCCUGCUCUAGAUCCCACUGGUAGCGGGACAGGAUCAUGGCGCAGUGGUCACGAGAACACAGACUCAGAGAGUACAGGUGCUCCAUCUGAGAGGGAAGGAGAGAGAAGAAAAGAGAGAGAGCGAGAGGAGUGAGCACAAGGUUGGGGCAUCAUAUUUAGUAUUAAUUACAAACACAGCUGAUCCAAAUACUUUUUUUUUUUUUUUAGGGGGUAGAUCAGCUUUAAUAUUGCAGAUAGAUUGUAACUUCCAUUAAUGUAAUUGUCUGCAUCACUUCAAAUCCCCCAUAUGUUUUUUUCUCUCGCAUAUAUAUAUAUAUAUAUAUAUAUAUAUAUAUAUAUAUAUAUAUAUAUAUUAUACAUACAUAUAUAAUAUACAUACAUACACAUCCUUUAUUAAAAUAUAUUUCCCUUUAUUACUUUCCAACCCCACCACCCCUCCCCUAAUUGGAGUAAACUAGUGAACAACAAUGCUUAGGCCUCUACUUCCAGCUUAUUCAUACUAUAUACAUUUUAUGGACACAGUCAAUUCUACAAUAAUUAUAUUUUGUUUGUUUUUACUCCUGAACUUCCUCUACCCUCAACCUUCUAUGAUCAUUUUUAUGAUGUCCAUCUGGUUUGCUUCUAUAUUCCAUAUCUUUCUAACUGUGCUCUUUCACAAAAGCUCUGAACCUAUAACCUAUAUACUUAUUAUGGACACAGUAUGCUUUACAUUAGUUAUCUUGUUAUUAGUUGUUAUUAGUCCCAUCCUUCAACUCCAUUCAACACCUCCCAUCUAUCUCUUAACACCAUCCAUAUUGGAUUUCUAUUUGCCAUAUUUUUCAACUGUACUGUGAUGUUUUACAAAAGUUAGGAACCCUUCUAUUCUCAUUGUUUCUACAGAUUGUAAAUUGAGAAUAAAUUUUUUUGCUAAAAGUAUUAUUAUAUUAUUGAUCGAUUGACUAUGACUUUUCAGAUCACCCAGUAGUGCUAUCUGCAGGGUUAGCUCCAGGUAAAUAUUGCAAUCCUUUAGCCAUUCCUGGACCUGUGUCCAAAAACAAGCUACAAAUGGACAGUACCAAAACAAAUGAUCUAAUGAUUCUGUCUCUUCGCAGCAAAAUCUUGUAUAAUAAUUUAAAUUGAAAAAUUCGAAGUUUUGAAUCCGGCGUCGUUUUGCGUAUCAGUUCAUAAACACUAUGCCAUGGAAUCGGUACGUCAAAAAUCUAUUCCGAACUAUUUUGCAAUCUAUUUGGGACGGCUGUCAAUCCUUUGGUCCUUAAAUGAAAUUGGUAUACUUUUUUAUUUAUCACAAUUUUCUUUAACCAAUUAUGUUCUUUAAUGCAGGGCCGACAGACAAGUUCCUUACUCUUUCCUCUUCCAUUUUCGCAGUAAUGCUGCAAUUAUUUGGUUGUAAUACCUAAUUUUUGUAUUCUUAGUAAACUACGUUGCUCAAUGGAGAAUACAUUUUAAGUAUAUGUAAAUAAAAUAUGCAUUAUUACAUAAGAAUUAUAAGAGAAAUUCUGUCUCACCUUGAGUUGUUGCUGGGCCCUUAUAGGGUUCCACUCAUUGCGGCGAAGUGCGUUCCGAACCUCCUCAUUGGUCACUCCAUGCACUGCCUCCAUGACCUGACCAAUCAGAAUACCUUAGUAUGUUAGACCAAUUAAAAGAGCCUGAAUUGUCUUAAGACCUCAAGAACUAAAGACCAUACAUCCAUUCCAUACCUGUGCUAUGACGGCUUCCCUGGUGCGUUGCACAUGAGGCGGGUACCUCUCCCUCUCUCGUUCCCUCACCACCCUCUCCUUUUCUUGAUCCCUCUCCUUGUUCCCAUAGUCAUCCAGUGCUGGUGUUGACCGUGCCAUGUGGGCCAUCUUGCCCAGAUUACUUCCCCCCAUGGUCUGCGGUGGUUGAGGCUGGGCUGGCUGUAGCAUCUGCUGCUGUGGAUGUGUUGGAGGCUGUGGAGGCCACAAGGUGCCUGGGACUGGAUUUGCAGUAGGCCUCUGAUCUCGGAUCAUCACCUGGGGGAUCUUGAAGCGUUUGAGGUUGGGCAGGGGCGGGCGAGGCGGGGGGUUGAUGCUGGCCUCGCUGAACCUACGGGGGUCCUGCUGCAUCACCGUGCUGCGGGCCACCAUGGCACUGGGGACGGGUCCACGACGGGGGUCCACCCUGACCCCUACUACCGUCUGA